GUGUUAUGAUUGAUGGUGUCCAUGUUUUUCAUACAACCUUGCUCACAUUUUACGCACCUGCUUGUCAGUCCGCUAAACAUGUUUACCGAAUUUGGUGGUGUAUGGCUAAACACCAUAAUGUAACAGUGGACAUUUGAGGACUAGUUUAAAGCGCCAAAUGAUAGCAUAGGCGCAUGUUUUGUCAACUUUUUGGCUUUUGUGUGCAGCGGUUGAGGUCGAGGCUCACACAGACAUACAGUACAGACUAGUUGUGUACGUGUACCUCGUGAAAUGUGUGGGACAUGCAAAGAGCUUUCACAUCUGAGCAAGAAAGCAACAAACAGGCAGCAAGUGUGCUGCUGUGGUCAUGCGCAUUAGAAAGAGGCUCUUGUGCUCCUCAAACACUCAGUCCUCAGCAGACGCCCUCUUGGAGCCCCUGUGUCAUUUUUGUCUUCACAAGGAUGCAGACCUCCAAGAUUGCACGUGGUUUUUGCCACAAGUCAUCCUUCAGCAUCAGCAGCCUCUUGUGGAACGAUGACCAGAAGGAGCAGAGAGCCAAACAACUUUUCAUUUGCGAGAAGAUUGUGAGAAAUCAAGAAAGAGCAGAGAAGCCUCCUUUUAGUUACAGCGCUCUCAUCAUGAUGGCCAUCCGACAGAGUCCUGCAGGACGACUCCCUCUGAGUGGCAUCUAUGAGUUUAUCACGCACAACUUCCCUUUCUAUAGAAGCAACAGGCAGGGAUGGCAGAACUCCAUAAGGCACAACUUGAGUCUGAACAAGUGUUUUGUCAAAGUACCUCGCCAUUAUAACGACCCGGGUAAAGGCAGCUACUGGAUGCUGGACUCCUGCAGCGAGGACGUCUUCAUCGGGGGCAUCUCAGGGAAGCCCCGGCGCAAGAGCAGGAAUACAGGUGGUACCAAGGUUGCAGCCAAAGAAGCAGAGGUUCGUGUGAUGUCCACUCGCGGCUCGUUUGACCGGCCGGUGCCGCUGCAUACACCGCAAGUUCGCACCCCGGCUUCUCACGCCUCGCUAUGCCAUUUCUGCACCGGUCACGACCACCCGGUGCCAGUAGGUUCACGCAGGCGCACCAGGCGACAUCAUCUAGCGGACUCUGCUGCCACCGACAGCUCGGAACCGGCUGCGCGUCUUUGUCCACAUCCACCCCUGCAGCAUGCACCUGGUCUCUGCAGGAUCAGUGUGCCCUCGGCGUGGUCUCAGGUGGACAACCCAGAUACUUCUACUCGCAGCAAAUGCCGCGCAAUCCAUGCCGCGAUGGCUGCACAGUGGAGCUGGGAGGCUGCUGGGGUGACUUCCAAAGUUACUGCCUCCCAAUCACCCUUGCAUAUCCUAUUUAACCAUUUCUAAAAUAGCUAAGUUAAGAACAAAUUCAUUGUAAAAUGAACAUCAUCUGGUAGUAUGUAAUAAAUAUUUGUUAUUUCAUAGAAGCUAAAGCUGUUGCUUCGCAGGAGAACGGUGGUCACAUGAGAAAGAUACUUGCAUGUGCUGGUGUACAUUUUAUGCUUAACAUGCACCCUGAAACGGCCACAUUGCUGUUCUGCUGCAUUUCGUGUCAUACGGUAUUGUGAUUCGUUAUCUUCAUGAAUUUCUCACUGGAGACAUGAGCAAAUAACAAGAGCUUCAGCUGGCAAAUGUUAUGCAGUAUUUCCUUUAGAUUUUUGUUUACCGUGUACAAAGUAUAAAACAUCAAAUUUACACUGGAAGUGACUGAACUAUACAGUUUAUUUAGCUGCUUCUACAUUAUUCUGCAUUCUUAAAACACACCUUUUUCUAAACAUUUUUAUGUCCUGGAAUAUAAUUAUAAAUACUAAAGCCAUGUCCACCAUUAGCAAGAUUUAUUAAGUGCUGCCUGAACAAAUUGUGUCCGAAACCUUUACAAUAAACCUGCAUUUUUAUUUUAUUUUAUUUAACAUUUA